GGGAGCGAGCACAGACUCGCACACGCGCCGCACCGCGGACCCUGAUCAUGACGCGCGCUGCUCGUUGCUUUGCUUCGCGUUGACGCUCCGCGGCUCGCUUGAUCCGGAUCCGAUGGAGGGACGCGCGGCGGAGGACGCGGACGCGCUGAUGGAUGCCGCAGAUUUCGAUGCUGCUUUUAAGAAGACCUGCAUAACUGAGAUGCCGUCGUCCUCAUGUCACACCAGCUCUGGCCCUGAGAAGAAGAUCGGUCACAGGCGGAUCGAUGCGUCCGGUGAAACCACCUACAAGAAGACGACUUCGUCUGCUCUGAGAGGAGCCAUUCAGCUGGGGAUCGGCUACACUGUGGGUAACCUGAGCUCCAAACCCGAACGUGACGUCCUCAUGCAAGACUUCUACGUGGUGGAGAGCAUUUUCUUCCCCAGUGAAGGCAGUAAUCUGACGCCGGCGCAUCACUAUCCAGACUUCAGGUUUAAAACAUACGCUCCGGUGGCUUUCCGCUACUUCAGAGAGCUCUUCGGGAUUCGACCGGACGACUAUCUGUACUCUCUCUGUAAUGAGCCCUUGAUCGAGCUCUCGAACCCCGGUGCCAGCGGCUCCAUUUUCUACGUCACUCGAGACGAUGAGUUCAUCCUGAAGACCGUGAUGCACAAAGAGGCUGAGUUCCUGCAGAAGUUGCUUCCAGGAUACUACAUGAACCUGAACCAGAAUCCCCGAACACUGCUGCCCAAGUUCUUCGGUUUGUACUGCGUUCAGUCCGGUGGGAAGAACAUCCGUAUCGUGGUGAUGAAUAACAUCCUGCCGCGCAUCGUUCGCAUGCAUCUCAAGUUCGACCUGAAGGGCUCCACGUACAAACGCCGCGCGUCCAAGAAAGAGCGCGAGAAGUCCAAGCCCACCUUUAAAGACCUGGACUUCAUGCAGGACGUUCAGGACGGACUCCUGCUGGACGUGGACACGUAUAACGCCCUGCUGAAGACGCUCCAGAGAGACUGCCUGGUGUUGGAGAGUUUUAAGAUCAUGGACUACAGUCUGCUGUUGGGGGUUCAUAAUCUGGAUCAGGCGGAGCGCGAGCAGCAGAUGGAGGGAUCUCAGAGCAGCAGCGAUGAGAAGAGACCGGCCGCACAGAGAGCGCUUUACUCCACCGCCAUGGAGUCCAUUCAGGGAGGAGCGGCGUGUGGAGACUCCAUCGACACCGAAGACACGAUGGGAGGCAUUCCUGCUGUCAAUGGAAAAGGAGAGAGACUCCUGCUCUUCAUCGGCAUCAUAGACAUCCUGCAGUCCUACAGACUCGUAAAGAAGCUGGAACACACGUGGAAGGCUCUGGUGCAUGACGGGGACACUGUUUCUGUCCACCGUCCGAACUUCUACGCUGACCGUUUCUUCAGGUUCAUGAGCAGCACUGUGUUCAAGAAGAGCACUUCGCUGAAGGUUUCUCCUGUGAAGAAGGGCCGUGUGGUGCUGAGCGGCCCCAGAGCAGCCUGGUCGUCCAGCCAGCUUCCCUUACAGAGAGACGCGAAAAUCUAUGAUCUGAGAGGAGCGUGCAGCUUCCCCGUGCUGGAAAACCAUGGUCUGCAGUCCUGUACUCCUCCGUCACUCGAGGAAGCGACCACGGCGUCUGUAGCCACAACUCUGUCCUCCAACACCUCUAUAUCAAUCCCAGAAUGCUCUCCGUCAGACACCACAGAGCAGCCGCGCUACAGAAGACACACAUUGUCUCUGAAAGACGCUGAGGGAAGGACACAUGAGGUGGUGGAUGUGCAUGAGGAAGAGCAGCAGACCAUCACUGUGCAGGUGGAGGUGAAGAGAGAGAGAGAAGAUGAGGAGGAGGAGGAGCCAGACGUCUGCCAGAAAUCACCACAUAAUCUGGGUGUUCAGUAGACGUCUCUCUGUGGGUCUGAAGAGGUUUUGCUGUUCUCCUGGAUGGAUUCGGCUCAUCUGAGGACUGACGAUCCUUCAAGACAAAAACCCUGUUCCUCUUCUACCUGAUCGAUUCCCCUCAAGAACAACCUUCGCUCUCAGAAAACCCAGUGUGUGUUUGUGAAUCCAGACGUCUUGUUGACGACCCAUAAUGCA